UUUUUAAUAUUAAAUUUAUUGUUGUUGAGUGCUGCUAUCAUGGGCAAAGGAGACAGAACUGCUUGGAAAGCAAAUUAUUUUACUCGAAUCAUUUCUCUCUUUGACGACUAUCCAAAAUGUUUGUUAGUUGGCGUUGACAAUGUUGGUUCUAAGCAAAUGCAGGAAAUUCGUCAAGCAAUGCGAGGACAUGGCGAGAUUUUGAUGGGAAAGAAUACAAUGAUAAGGAAGGCAAUUCGAGGUCAUUUGCAGAAGAAUCCACUGCUUGAAAAACUGCUUCCUUAUAUUGUUGGCAAUGUUGGAUUUGUUUUUACGACUGAGGAUUUGUCUGAAAUUCGUAAAAAGUUGCUGGAAAACAAGCGGGUUUCCAAAGCUGGUGCUUUAGCACCUCUCGAUGUCAAAUUGCCACCGCAAAAUACUGGAAUGGGACCUGAGAAGACUUCUUUCUUCCAAGCACUUCAAAUUCCAACAAAAAUUUCUCGUGGAACUAUUGAGAUUCUGAAUGAAGUUCAUAUUAUUAAACUUGGCGAAAAGGUCGGCGCUUCUGAAGCUGCUUUGCUUAACAUGUUGAACAUUCAACCGUUUUCUUAUGGUCUUGCUGUACAGCAGGUUUAUGACACUGGAGCAAUUUAUUCGCCUGAUGUUUUGGACAUUACUAUGGAUGAUUUGAGAGCUCGUUUUAUGAAUGGAGUUCGAAAUAUAGCGGCCGUCUCUCUCGGAAUUUCGUAUCCAACAAAGGCUUCUAUUCCGCAUAUUAUUGCUAACGCAUUCAAGCGUUUGUUGUCUGUUUGUGCUGAAACUGAUGUUACUUUUAAAGAGGCUGAGAAGCUUAAAGAGUAUCUAGCUGAUCCGUCAAAGUUUGCAUCAGCUGUGGCUGCUGCAGCUCCUGCAGCCGCCGCUGCACCGGCAGCUGCAAAGGAAGAACCAGCCAAAAAGGUGGAAGAGAAGGAAGAGUCUGAUGACGAUAUGGGCUUUGGAAAUAUGAUUAUUUACAAGGACGUUUUCACAGAGGACGAGCUCUCCUCCGACUCUUAUCCGAUGAAACUUGUGGACGAUCUCAUUUUUGAGUUCAAAGGACGCCAAGUUGUUCGAAAGGAAGGAGAUAUUGCUUUGGCUGGGGCAAACCCGUCAGCUGAAGAGAUGGAUGAAGGAACUGAAGAACAUGUUGAAAGAGGUAUUGACUUUGUACUCAAUCAUCGUCUUCAGGAGAUGAAUUGUUAUGAGGAUCAAGCAACUUUCAAAGCUUACAUAAAAGAUUUUAUGAAGAAGGUUAUUGAGCAUAUGCAGAAACAAGGAAAGUCUGCUGAACAAGUUGAUGCUUUUAAGAAGAAAAUUCAGUCUUGGGUUGUUUCUUUGUUAGCUAAGGAUCGUUUCAAAACUCUUGCAUUUUUCAUUGGUGAGAACAUGGCUGAGGGAAAGGGAGAAGGGCAAGUAGCAAUUGUUGAAUAUCGUCAAGAGGGUGAUGAGGAAGUUCCAACUCUAAUGCUAAUUAAAGAAGGUUUUGAAUUUUUAGAUAAUAUAUUUUCUGUAAUAGAGCUUGGGCUUUUGCUUGGGUUAUUUGAUUGUUUUUUAAGAGCCCAUAUAGCUCUAUUUUUCAGCCAACCACAAAGGGAAGUUAUAUUAAUGAGCGGAGGGGAUUAGGCUCUAAAACAGACGGGGUAGAUUUCAACCAUUCCAUAGGAUUUUUAUCAGAGGGUAAAGGACUAAUACAAUUAUUAUUUUUCAAUUUAAUAAUUUUUUUAUUUAGCUU